AUGGUUCAGCAAGGAGAAAAUUCAAUGUGGGCCCCAGCGCCUAGGGUUGAAAUGCACAGUAAUGCAACAAAAAUUGCUGCAGAUAGUAAACUGACAAUUUCAAAAUACCCAAACAGCACAGCAGAGAGCAACAAAUCAACAUACGAAAAUACCAACGGCACUGCAAAAAUAGCAAAGACCAUGGUGGAAAAAGAGAUACCAACUGAAGUUUCGAUCGCUCCUACUUGCGAAACCUGUUGCAAAACAUUCGCUAGUAAACGUAAGCUCACUGUGCAUAUUAAAUAUGUACAUUCAUCAUUGCGUCCCUUUGUCUGCGAAAUUUGUUCCUUGGCAUUCAAAAUGAAAAACGCACUUAAGAAGCAUAUGCAAAUAAUACACGAGGGAUCCUACAAAUUAAUCCCAUGCCAAGUCUGUGGAUACAAAGCCAAAGAUAAGUCGCGUCUCAAAGAUCAUUACGUAAGACGCCACCCAUCAAUCUAUGCGACUUCCUGUUAUAUUUGUGGUAUGCAGUUGAAAUUCAAGAGAGACCUGACUACUCACAUUAAUCAGAUUCACUGUGGUCCUGUGGUAUGCGAAAAGUGUGGUGACGUUCUUCCAAAUUACAGAUCGCUAUGCAAUCAUAAAAAAACACAUCAUGUAGGUAACUCCAGGAGAAAUAGAAAUUUUAAAUAUGGAAUUUGCUCCAAGGGUUUUGCCUCCCAGAAAUCAGUUGAUGCUCAUAGGCUCAAACAGCAUAACAAUGGCGAGAGCUGUUACUGUGAUCAUUGCAGUAAAUCAUUUACAGGAAAAUAUUCACUGGCCCAUCAUAUUCACAAUGUACACAGGGAAGACAGACCGUAUUUGUGCCCUGUAUGCAGUAAGACAUUUAAAAUGCACAGUCUGCUACAGCUUCACCUUUUUACACAUACCAAUGUGAAGCCUUACCGGUGUGAUAUUUGUGGCUCGACAUAUACUCAACGCGGCUCCAUGAUGCUGCACAGGCGUAAGCAUCCUGGUGAACUGCCUCCCGUCCCGCCGAUAAAGCUUGAUUUUCUAUUAAAAAGUAUCCAACCUAAGAUUAAGGAACUCGCAAAGAUUCAGGGCAGCAUGAAUGAUAGCAGCAGCAUUGGCCACUAGAUUCAU